AUGAAGCCCAAGGACGCAGCUCCGCUGAUGCGGCAGCGGGCGCCUUCAGCCAACAGAGGCCGCCGGAGGAGUCGCGGGAAGGCCACGAUAAAAAAGCAAGGCAAUCUGCCGCCAACCACAAUGCAUUCCCCAGAAGAACUUUCGCGCCGUGUUAAGCGAUUCGCCAGCAGGAAAGGAUCACUAGGAAUUCCGCUGUGCAGCCAGAAUUAUCAGGAGAAGCGACGCCCACAUACGCACCUACCAAGACGAUUCCUCCGUGACAACUUCAAAGGUGCCAGUGAAAGAAGUGAGGGCAAUGUGGGAUGCAUCACCGCGCAUUUCUUGAUUGUGAAACGUUUUGCGAAUGCCAAAACGAAAUAUCAACCACAAAACGGUCCACUUCCCAUCAUCCGCGCUGCAAGCUUUCCCAAACUUCUUCUGCUCAGUCAGCAUAAGAAAAAUAUAAUCAUGAGGAAAAGUAGGCAUCAUACACACAUGUCGCAAACCUCUCUUGAAGUAACUGAUAUUCACACACAAAAAGACUCUUACUCACUUACCCAAGUAAGCUCUGUUAGGAUUCUGCUCGUGGAUGUCCCUGAAGAGCAAAUUCAGCAAUGGUUGAAAAGCCAUGUUGGAAAUUGCAUGCAAUACACACUUCAGCGACGCCCAGAGAAGGAAUUUCGAAAACAAAACAUGUUUCUCGCAAAAGCGACAUUUGCGGCCAAGCAAAAAAGAAGUGAAGCAUAA